CUACUGCGAUUUCGCUAGAUUCAUACCCCCCAAUCAUGUGGCAGGAUGUAAACAAACCGAUUUCAAAAAGCCGCGCUCACGAUGCCCCAAGAACUGCGCGUUGUUCGCUGUUUCCAGUGCCUAAAAUAUCAGGUGGAUAUCGUGAAAAAAGCCAACAAAUGGGCCUGCAAAAUGUGCGGUGUGAAGCAGUCGUUUACGCGGGAAUUUUAUCGUGGCACCGGUAAAGAUUGCAGGUCCGUUAUGAUGGCCCUCACAGAACGCAACAUCACGAUGGAUCGUCAGCAAGAGGAAAUUGCCCAGCUGGUGUUGGAAGGGGUGAUCCAGCUACCGAAACCGGUAGCUCGAGUUGAUGUCGACGAAAAACCUGCCACCACACAGCGUUCCGAUGAAACGCCGAACAAAUGGGAGCCUUUUGUGGAGAAACAGGAACCGGAUGAUUCUUCUGAUCUACUGCCUUUGGAGCCGAGUGAUAAAGGUCAUUCGAAUAGUUCUUUUGCGCGCGAACGAAGGAAUUUCGUGUCGAAGCGAAUGGCCAGUCUUGGUCGCAGUAAAGGAGGCAACUUUGGCAAUGUUUCAGAUGCUGUUGAUUCUCAAAACACGCUUGCUGAGGUAGAACACAAUAAGCCAACGAAUGCAGUCGAGAGGCACCUUCCAUUCGAGCGCAACGAUACUGCAUGCCAUAGACAAUCGACUAAAAAAUUCGUUUCUACGAAUAGCCAACCACUUUUUGGUUUCCAUCGUAAAGAGAACUCUAGGAAGGUAUCAACGCCUGCAUCAACGGGACAAGUCAGUAAUCAAUUCCACCAUUCAUCUCCAGGCAGCUUAGCCACCGCUCCAGCUGAACCUGUGGGCACAAGGAAAUUAUCGAAAGAACCGGCCAUUCCACUUAUGAAUUUUGCUAAACGUGUACGUGGCAAAACAUCAAUUGAUAGUAAUGAGACUCAUUCACCUCUAACUAAUGGUACCACAAAUUCCCAAGCAGAAGGUGCUGAUGGCGCAUCAAAAUGGACCAAAUAUGUCCCACCGUCCGAUGAUACGGAAGAACGUGGGGAAGAUCUUUUCUUUCGCUUUUGAUAAAGAGAUUUAUAAUUUUAGGUGAUUUUUUCCAGUAAAUUGCAAUGUCAACAAGCGGACGUCCUGUAUUUGAUAGCUAAAGUACCCAAAAAUAAAUA